CCUGAGGCUGAGACCUGACAUAGUAAUCAGUUCCAUUCCAGUCCCGUCGUCCCGUAGCUGUUGAAUAAAUAAGCAAGGUACGGUUUGCCGAAGGUUAUAGGCACCUCGCAUGCAUUGUAUCACGAAGCUUUCGAGGCGGUUAGUUCAGUUCCAGUACAGCAGUUUCGCUAAAUUUACAUCCAACAUGACUCAACCUGGUACAAUUGAUUUUGAAGAAAUAUGUGCUGGUCUAGAGAGCAAGAGUAUCACUUAUAUGGAUGUUCGCAAUCAGAGUGAACUGCAGAGUGAUGGACAAAUUGUCGGAAGUGUCAAUCUUCCAUUGCCUGAAAUAAUAGAAGCAUUUGCGUCUCCUGAUGCUGAUUUCAAGAACAAGUAUGGAUUUGAAAAACCAGACAAAAGUGCUGCUCUGGUUGUGGGAUGUUUGGCAGGCAAGAGAGCUGCAGCUGCCGGAGAACAGCUUGAAAAACUUGGCUUCAGCAACUUUAGGGUGUAUCCUGGAAGCUUCAGUGAUUGGAAGGCUAAAGGAGGAGCCAUAUCAAAACCAUAAUUUUGUAUUGUUCUUAAAUACUGCAUUUAGUUAUGCAGAACAGCAUCAUUUAGCUGUUUAAGGGUGCAAGGUUUGUGAAUUUCUUAUUAUUAUUCGUUGUAAAAUGAAGCAAUAAUUAAUACAGACGUUAUUUACUUGAAAA